AACUCGUUUCCUGGUCCAGUGCGUGUGGUAUUUUUAUUAAAACCGGAAGGUGUUUUGCAGCGCGCUCUUGAAGUUGGUUAUCGAGGAAUCACGGAAAAUUACAAAUAUAAGGUAGUGGUGUGUCAGAGUUCAGUGGAACUCCGUCACUACAUAGGAUCAGAUUGUUUAACAAUGGACGUUGGUGGUAUCAUCAAGUACAAUCAUCUUGAAUGGGUACAACAUCGUAUGGACAUCGAGAGAAUGAAAUCAUCCGCUGCCGUAAUAGCGCAGUCACUGAGUGAAUUCGGCAGAUGUUUGAAGGAAACUGAACUACCAAAUGACGUUGAGACUACAGCUCGAAUACUUGAGGUUCAAACUGCUGAACGAGAUGCAAUUAAGGAAGAUUUUCGAAUUUCAAUUCGGAAAGGAUUAUCAUUGCUGAGAUAUGUUCGCCAAUUGGAUGUUAAACCUGAACAUGAGCAGCUGAGUCCAACAAGGUUGCAUAACGUCACUGCAAUCGAACGAAUGUUAAUACAAUUGGAAGAAACAGAACGAAGUUUUGAUGCAUUUUGGGCGCGUCAUGAAAAACGUCUCACCCAAUGUUUACAAUUGAGACGUUUUGAGGAUAGCUUUCGAAAGUUGCAAUCGUCAUUUGCGAAACACAUGAUUUAUUUGGAAGAGCAUCGUGAAGUGGGAGACGGUGUUAUUAAGGCUGAACAAUUAGCAGAAACUCAUGCUGAAUACACUCGACACGCGAUGGAGGAUGUAGAGAUGGCACGUUCAUUGCGCGAUACAGGGCAAGAACUGAUAUCGACGCAAGAUGUGGAAUUGAGUGGCAGUUUGCUGCCGAAAUGUGACGAAUUGUCAAGAAUGGCAGACGCUUUAACGAACGCCUUGGACAGACGUAGUCAAGUGUUAACGCUCAGUAAGGAUAUGCAUCAACAGAUUCUUGAGGUUCUGUAUUUGGAUUUCUUUCGACUUUCUUAUUGCUUCUCAUCAUCAAAUGCGAAUAAAUGGUGUAAACGUGGUGUUGACUUGUUGACAGAUGCGCCGUUUGAUUUAUCGGCAUCGAACGCCUCAACUGCAUUAUCUAAUAUGGAUGAAUUCAUCGCUGAAGUGUUCAGUGAAAUUUUUGUUUCUUUGGAUGCGUUGAAUCAAUCACCAAACAUGAAUAACCUCAUUCUUCUAACAACAACAGAAACAUCAACUUUAUUAUCACAGAUGAUGGUACAAAUAACUGAUAAGAAAUACUGUCAGGUGGCUGAAAGAAUCGAUGACAUUCGCCGUAUGAGUGCGUCACGUCGUGAUGCUCUUCAAAGAUUGGCUGGUCGAGAGAAUCGCCGACCACCGGUUCAGGUCGUCAGUCCUGAGAAAUUGAAGCAAACUUCAUCUGCGUCACCAAUCACUUCACCCGUUAAGGUCAGUUCAGUGCCAAUAUCUUCCAACAGCACAUUGCACACUUUUGUGAUACUUGACCGCUGA